AGGUAACCAUCCCACCGAGACACAUUACUCAACAACGCAUUCGUUCACUUGGUGCAUUCUUUGCGACAGGGAACACACAUACAUAGGAACCCCCUCUCCUGAUUUCAGGUCGCUGAAAACCCUGAUCCGCGAAGAGAACACCUGCGAAUACUGAACGAGCCGAAGGGAACCACGGUCGUCGAACUGCGAGAGAACAAUUGACCAACAUUACGCCGCCACUCGGGGCUCGGUUCAAACAUGGCGAUGCAACUAGAUCUGUCGCAGGCGCAGCUCCUGAAAGAUGAGUCCGGAAGACCAUUCAUUGUGGUCCGAGACCAAGGAAAGAAGAAGCGAACACAUGGCACGGACGCAGUGAAACAACAUAUUGUGGCAGCAAGAACGGUGGCCAGCAUUGUCAGAACAUCGCUGGGCCCUCGAGGACUGGACAAAAUCCUCAUAUCGCCAGAUGGUGAUAUCCAAAUAACAAACGACGGCCGCACGAUCAUGUCUGAGAUGGAACUUACGAAUCCCAUUGCGAAACUGAUGGUUGAACUAUCAAAGUCUCAAGACGAGGAAAUUGGUGAUGGCACUACCGGUGUGGUGGUUUUGGCUGCUGCUCUGCUGGACCAGGCUGCGGAUCUCAUCGACAAGGGUAUUCAUCCUAUUCGGAUUGCAGACGGCUACGAUCAAGCAUGUGAAGUUGCGGUGGCACAACUCGACAAGAUCAGUGAUGAGAUACCCUUCACAAGGGAGAAGCAAGAAAAUCUGAUAAAGGUCGCUAAGACAUGUUUGGGAAGCAAAAUCGUCAGCAAAGCACAUGAUCAAUUUGCAAGGAUUGCAGUCGACGCUGUCAUGUCAGUGGCGGACUUGGAACGAAAAGACGUCGACUUCGAGCUGAUCAAGGUCGAUGGCAAGGCCGGCGGCUCAAUAGAGGAUUCUCUGCUUGUCAAAGGUGUCAUUGUGGACAAGGACUUUUCCCACCCUCAGAUGCCGAAUGAAGUGCGCGAUGCAAAACUUGCUAUAUUGACGUGCGCAUUUGAACCACCUAAGCCGAAAACUAAGCAUAAACUCGAUAUCUCUACUGUGGAAGAGUUCAAAAAAUUGCAACAAUAUGAACAGAACAAGUUUGUCGAAAUGAUUGACAUGAUCAAGGCGACAGGAGCCAACCUCGUCAUUUGUCAGUGGGGUUUCGACGAUGAAGCGAAUCACCUUCUCCUUCAAAACCAUCUACCAGCCGUGCGAUGGGUUGGCGGACCCGAAAUUGAGUUGAUAGCCAUUGCCACGAACGGAAGAAUCGUGCCCCGAUUCGAAGAUCUGAGCAGUGAAAAGCUCGGCAAGGCUGGCGUCGUCAGAGAAAUGACGUUUGGGACGACUCGCGAAAAGAUGCUGGUCAUUGAAGAGUGCGCCAACACGCGUGCAGUGACAGUCUUCGUCCGAGGAAGCAACAAGAUGAUCAUUGAUGAAGCAAAGAGAUCAUUGCACGAUGCCCUUUGUGUAGUCCGAAACCUCGUCAGAGACAACAGAGUCGUAUAUGGCGGUGGUGCAGCAGAAAUUGCUUGUUCACUUGCUGUGGAAGAUGCAGCCAACAAGUCACCUGGCUUGGAACAAUAUGCUAUGAGAGCAUUCGCCGAUGCCCUUGAUGCAGUCCCAAUGGCUCUUGCGGAAAACUCUGGUCUCAGCCCGAUUGAGACUCUGGCCGCGGUCAAGUCACGACAAGUUAAGGAGCAAAACUCGCGCCUCGGGGUGGAUUGCAUGAGCACUGGCAGCAAUGAUAUGCGCGAACACUUUGUUAUUGACCCACUGAUUGGAAAGCGGUCGCAAUUACUGCUGGCAACGCAGCUAUGCCGAAUGGUGUUGAAGAUCAACAAUGUGAUCAUGUCGGGCGAUGAUGACAAUGAGUUUUAGACCUCCUUGAUGAAAAAGACCAGCAUUUCGAGGCGUUCGCCACAGAUAAAAGCGUGCAUGAACCAAGCUUCAUGACUGUACAAAAAGAUACCCAAAUUCGAACGUGGGAUAGAAAUGGACAAUUACUGGUUGACCACCAUCGCGUUGGUCGUCGUAUGAUUCUGUUUCACCUUCCCACUUCGUUGUGAUGUCUGUUUUCAUGCUCACCAAACCAUGCCAUCUCAUCACUGCGGACCUUACCGGCAGAUCCGGCGCCAUUUUCCAUAUCGGAGCAACAGGGCAAAUAUCACGUGCUCUAGGCAAACCGGACUUAGGAGAAUGAUGACAAGGCUGCAGGUGGAGCCGAGUCUGACUAAACAGUCUAUGCAAUCGAAAGCCGGGCGUAGAGCAACCUGCGUCAGCUUUGGGUUCACAAUGUACUAGUGACUUUUUAUGAUGUUGAUGGCACUUCGCAGGUCAUAUCAGCGAAACAUACAUCCAGUCUGGUCUACGACAUAGCCUGAUUCUAUGAUAUCGCCUACAGCGGGGGACGGCCUGAACUCGUAAUAUAGGCUUACCCUUUGCUAGUGGGCGGGCUGCAAAAUAACAACCAAGUCUCGUUGUGCAAUGGAAGCCCA